AUGAAGUUGGUUUCACUCGUGCUGGCCAUGGCCAGUCUCGUCGCUUCGGUCACGGCAGCGCAGGAUACAUUUCCAAUGGUUCAGGUGUCGCAUGUGGGCAGCACAGCGACGACAUCCGGACCGAGCAUCGAGGAGCAUAGUCGAGGGCUAAAAUUCCGUGCGGAUCGAGCGGACUUGACAACAGCACAGGCGGCGGGUAGGCGGUCCAUUUGGCAGGUACUUGUCGGCAGCGAGGGCAAGAAGCGGAGGGCAGUCCCUUCUCGUGUGCGUCGUCGUCGAGCUGCUACCAAAAAGCGCCAGGCCGGAUCGUGCAAAGCACCAACAUCGACACAGACCUCUUCGUCAACCACCAGUGCACCGAGUCCUUCAGCUACGGGCGUCGACACCAAGACGGCCACCAACAAGAUCAUGGCCGGAUACUGGCCCGACUGGGUCAACUCCAACUUCCCACCGGCGCAGAUCGAUUUCACCAAGUUCGACAUGCUCAACUAUGCCUUUGCGCUGCCCACGGCGCAGUUCGAUCUGUCCAUCCCCACCGACCCGUCUGGCGGGCUGUUGCGGUCGUUUGUCAAGGCGUGCAAGGCCGGUGACACCAAGGCGCUGCUGUCCAUCGGAGGUUGGGGUGGUUCGACGUACUUCUCUCCGGCGGUGCGCACUUCGGCGUCGCGCAAGACGUUUAUCACCAACAUCCUCAAGGUGUACAACCAGUACGGGCUCGAUGGGAUUGAUUUGGACUGGGAGUAUCCCGGUCAGACGGGCGCGGGGAAUCAGCUCGAUGCGAGCGAUACGGCCAAUUUCCAGACGUUCCUCACCGAGCUCCGGGCAGCGUUGCCUCAGGGCGCGUUGAUCACGGGUGCCGUCAGUCACAACCCGUGGAUGGCGAGUAACGGUCAACCGGUGCAGAGUGUGGCGAGGGCGGCGGCGGCGAUGGACUACGUCAUGAUCAUGAACUACGAUGUUUGGGGCAGCUCGAGCGUGCCCGGUCCGAACGCGCCGCUGGCGAAUCUGUGUGGCAACUCGACCCAGCCCGGUGCGAGUGCGGCCGCGGGCGUCAAGCAGUGGAGCGCAGCAGGUAUGCCGCGCAACAAGAUCCUGCUGGGCAUCCCAUCGUACGGCUACAUCAAUACCAGCGGCAAGAAGACGCUCAGGACAAGAGCGGUGGGACUGUCGAGUCUCGAUGGAAGCUCCGGGUCGGGUCAGAUCAACUUUAACAUGCUCGUGCAGCAGGGUGCGCUCAAGAAGGGCGCGGAUGGCCUGUACGAUGGCGCGGGCGGGUUUACAAAGUACUGGGACGACUGUUCCGAUACGCCCUUCCUGUCCGAUGGAAGCAGGGUCGUCAGCUACGACGAUACCAGCUCCACUUUCGACAAGGGCGCCUUUGCCAGUGCCGCAGCCAUUGGCGGCAUUAGCAUGUGGAGCAUCGAUGGAGAUACCAAGGACUGGGCGCUCGUCAAUUCGGCGAUUGCAGGUAUGAGCUCCACCACCGCCUCUUCAUAG